AUGGCGUUACGAUCUGGAUCUCUAUCUCGCUCCUUUAUCUCUACAGCAAGGAAUUCCCUUCGCCCGGUCGCUCCGUCUCCCCUUCCCCGCAUCCGUCCGCCGCCACUCGCCGCUCCUCGCAUCCAGUCCCGCCUCUUUUCAAUGCCUGCCACCACUUCCAGGAAUUUAGGGCAAUUGGGUUGCGUACAAUCACUUUUGCCACUGCAUAGCACGAUGGCCGUAGCUUGUCUCACUUCUCACAUUGUCGUCAGUGCACGAGCUUGCAGCGAGCUGUCGAAUGGGAGGAAUGGAAAAGAUGGGUGA